AUGGCACCGAAACAUAAAUCCGGUUGUGCGAAAAGGAAAAAAUGUAAAAGGGAUCUUGCACUUGCUGAAUCACAAAAAGGGGCUCUAAAAAUGUAUUUUCCGGCAACAAGUAGUGUUGAUGUCAAUAAUGAUAAUCAAAUUGAAGAAUCUGAACAUGAUCAAGAUGAUGAUCAUAAUUCAAAUGUUGAUCAUGAGUUAGUAACUAAUUAUAAUUUCUUAAAUUUAAAUGUUGAUUCUCUGUUAUCACUAUACGAUCCUAGAACAUGGGAUAAUCUUGACAACAGCAAACGGGAUAUUCUAAUUGAAAAGGGGCCUGUGAGAGAAAUGGAUCUGGUGUUCCCAAAGGAUGAUGAGGGUAGACAUUUCUCAUAUUUUUACUACACCAGAAAGUUAGCUAAUGAAGAGGUUAUUCACAGAGAGUGGUUGGUUUACUCUAAAGAGGUUGACAAAGUUUAUUGUUUUUGUUGCAAGUUAUUCAAAUCAAAUCAGAACAGGUCAUUGCUAGCAUCUGAUGGAUUGAGGGACUGGAGGCGUAUUAGUGCAAGACUCAAAGAACAUGAGGUUAGUGUUGAACACUUUACCAACAUGAAUACAUGGAAUGAACUAAGGUUGAGGUUAAGCAGAAACAAAACAAUUGAUGAUGAGAUGCAGCAGAAGGUUGCAAAGGAAAAAGAGCGUUGGAGACAGGUAUUGCUCAGGAUAGUUUCUUUAGUGAAGUUUCUUGCAAAACGUAAUUUGGGAUUUCGAGGAACAAAUGAGAAGCUGUUUGAACAUAAUAAUGGCAAUUUUUUGGGCUCAGUUGAAAUGAUUGUUGAAUUUGAUCCUGUGAUGCAAGAACAUAUUAGGCGCAUUCAAAACAAGGAAAUACAUCAUCAUUAUCUUGGCCAUGGUAUUCAGGAUGAGUUGAUCUUACUUCUUGCUGAUUCCGUCAAAAAGUUUAUCUUAAAGACCAUCAAGGAUGCCAAGUAUUUCUCUGUUAUAUUGGACUGUACUCCAGAUGUGAGCCAUGAAGAACAAAUGAAUCUAAUUGUGCAUUAUGUGAAUAUGUCAAGUAACAUUCCAAGAGUCGAGGAGUUUUUCCUAGAGUUUUUAAAGGUUCAUGAUACAUCAGGAUUAGGGCUUUUUAAUGUGUUGAUGGAUACAUUGGACUCUCUUGAUCUGGACGUUGCUGAUGUAAGAGGGCAAGGUUAUGAAAAUGGUUCUAACAUGAAGGGGAAAAAAUCAAGGUGUUCAGAAUCGCUUGCUUGA